AAAGCCCUACAUAUCCAAAGGCGCAUGAGAUGAAGUACCAAACCAAAUCCAGACCAACACUGCAGCCGGAGUUGAAUCUCUUCCGGGCUUCCGCCACGUUUAAGUCUGUCUCUCACGAAGCCCUUUCCCCCAAUUUCAUCUUCGCUCUGUUUGUAGAAAUUGAAUCUUUGCCCUUCUUUCCCCUUUUCGAUUCGUUUUGAAUCGUUUGUUCUUAGUUUCGAAGGAUUUGUGGAUGGUGAAGACAGAUUAUUUGAGGAAAUUGUGAAAGGAUUUUGAGGGAUUGGUUGAGAAUUGGAUAGGAAUCUAAGCAGGCAAUGCCCAUUUAUUUGGUUUGGAGUUAAGUGUUAAAGGUCGUCGAUGUCGUGGGCAAGCGCGGAAGAUAUUUACCUUUCAACUUCUCUUGCCAAUUACCUUGACAAGAAGGUUCUUGUACUACUUCGAGAUGGUCGAAAGCUAUUAGGAAUCCUCCGUUCAUUCGAUCAAUUUGCAAAUGCUGUUCUUGAAGGAUCCUGUGAAAGAGUGAUUGUUGGUGACCUUUACAGCGAUAUUCCUUUAGGUCUCUAUGUAAUUCGAGGCGAAAACGUCGUUUUACUGGGCGAGCUGAACAUGGAGAAAGAGGAGCUCCCUCCACACAUGACUCAUGUCUCUGCUGUGGAGAUUAAAAGGGCUCAAAAAGCAGAGAGAGAGGCUACAGAUCUUAAAGGGACAAUUAGGAAAAGACUGGAGUUUCUUGAUCUGGACUAAUAGCUGUGUUCACAAUUUGAUCAUAUGUUGGUUUUUUUAUGAACAAUUGAGAGCCUAUUUUUGUGGCCAUUAGUUUCUAAACAUUAUAUUUUCGACCUUCGAUUUCUCGUGUAAUGUUUUAUUCGAUAAAUAAAAAACGUUUCCUCUUAAUCCAA